AUGCCGGGAGAAUUCAGAAACACAAAGGGCAAGGAUAUUGACCGUGAAGAGUCUGCCGCACACUCUUCUAACCAUCAUUACAUGACAGUAGGGAAUGGGGUUGACUCGGAGUGCGCUGCUCAACUAAAAUCACUAAUGGAUAACAACCCAGUGGAAAAUAUCAAUAUAACAAAUGAACACCAUCCACAACUUGAUCAAUCACUAAACAAUUCUGUCAUUCCGCCACGAUAUGCGGGAAUUCUCGAACCGCAUGCAAAUGAUAGGAGAACGCAAGCAAGUGCGAUUCAACAACUAUGGUACAAUCAACAUCGUGUCACACUUGCACGAUCGAUAACCCGCGUCAUAGAAACUUUGCAGACUCUUCAAGAGAUGAAUUCCAAAUGGCCUGCAACUUAUCCCUCAGCUCAACGUGCCGAAGCAGUACAAUCACAGAAAAAUUAUCCCAGCCCAGGAUCAAUAUACGCGUACGAUACAGGAUUUCCUCGACCUAACGUUAUGAAGAGAGCUCAAACAAGUUUUGAGGAUCAGAGAAUUACAGAGGCUGAAUCCAGUAGCGUUGCAGAUAACAAAGCAAUAAUAGAGCCUAGAUUAAUUACUCCUCAGAUUGCUCAAGAGUUCUCUAUACUCAAGCUCGACUUGAAACUAGGUUCUCUACACCAAACUGAGCUGGUACAUUCUUUAGAAAAAGGUUCCAUCGCUAGCCUACUAGAUGGCAAAAUAAGCUCUAGUAUUAAACAUCUGCAUGCGUUGCGUGAAAGAAUUGACGAUACUAGCAGCAAGGUGCUUGUGACCGGUGACUUAAAUGCCGGAAAAUCGACGUUCUGCAAUGCUCUGUUACGAAGAAAAAUACUCCCUGAAGAUCAGCAGCCUUGCACAAGUAUCUUUUGUGAGGUACUGGAUGCGAAGGAGAAUAGCGGAGUUGAAGAGGUUCAUGCAGUGCACAAGAAUGUUAUCUAUAACCGACAUGAUGAAAGAUCAUAUGACGUGUUUAAACUCUCAGAUCUAGAGAAGCUUGUUGUCUCUAAUGAUGUAUACACGCAAUGUAAAGUAUACGUAAAGGACAUACGAACUAUUGAUGAAUCAUUACUCAACAAUGGAAUCGUAGAUAUUUCGAUUAUAGACGCACCGGGACUAAAUAUGGAUACAACCAAAACAACUGCCGUAUUUGCUCGUCAAGAAGAAAUUGAUGUGGUAGUUUUUGUUGUUUCAGCUGCCAAUCACUUUACUAUUACAGCUCAAGAGUUUAUAUGGGCUGCUGCUGCUGAAAAGGCAUACAUAUUUAUUGUAGUAAAUGGCUAUGAUAAUAUUAGAGACAAGGAGCGUUGUCAAAAGAUGAUUCUCAAGCAGAUCGCAGGCCUAAGCCCUCGAACUUUCAAGGAGAAUGUGGAACUUGUUCAUUUUGUCUCUAGCAAUGCAGUCCCGACGAUUUCUAUGCCGCCUAACAUGUAUCCUAGUGAUAGCAAGAAUUUACCUGGUGAAGAUAAUGGAGAUGACUCAGACAAUGAUGACCAAAGUUCAAGCCGGACGGGUAAAGGGAAAGAGAAAGAAAAAGUAAGGGAUUUUGAAAACCUUGAGCAAUCACUCCGCCGGUUCGUACUUGAAAAACGCGCCCGCUCAAAGUUAGCACCGGCAAAAACUUACCUUCUCAAUGUUCUUGGCGAUGUCCACACGUUGGCAAGUGUUAACCUUGAGGUUGCACAAUCAGAAUUAGAUCGAGUUAUCCAUGAGCUUGAUCAAAUCGAACCUCUUCUUGAACGAAGCAAAAAAGCAAAAGCUGAAGUUAGCGAUGACAUUGAUCGUACUAUUGAUGAGACUUGUAGAGAAAUCUACGAUCAUACAAAAUUUACGCUUUCGGAAACCUUAUCUCAAACUGCCAACUCAGAUCUAGGAAUCUCAUAUCCAGGAUUAUGGGCUUCAUUUCAGUAUGCAGAUGAUCUGAAGGAAGCUAUGCUGUCGCAAAUUUCAGUCUCAUUGACAUCUUGCGAAGAGCAUGCACGUAGGCAAACUGUUCAGGGUGUCUAUGCAAUAAAACAGUUAGGACUUCUACACCUAGGUGAUGAAUACUCAGACCUAAACUUCCGAUCGGAUGUAAUGUUCCGACGAAAGAGAGACCUUGUAGCUAAGCAAAUAGAAAUUGAAACUGAGAUCUGGGACUUUUUUGAUUGGAAUAGUAUCAUGCAUCAACAAGAGAAAAUGGCAAGUACUGGUCUCGCUUUAACAGUCGUUACCGCCGCGAGUGGGAAACUAUUAGGAGGCUGGAGCUGGGUUGACGGAACACUGGCAACAAUAAAAGCUAUAGGGUUAGAUAACGCACGUCGGCUUAUCAUUCCUGGUGCUCUUAUUUCUGUCAUCGCUGCAACAUAUUACACCCUUUCUCUAGUUCCUAAAUCUCUCCCUAGACGUCUUUCUGCUAAGUUAUCCACACAACUUCAAUCCAUGGACUUUGUGCAUACAAAUAGCGAUCGAAUCAGUAGCUCUGUAAGAAAAGUUUUACGAUUCCCUGCAGAUAACUUACGGGUAGGAUUACAACGAAGUGUUGAACAACUAGGAAUUAAGCAAGAGGAGACAAGAAAGGUAAGAGGUGAAAGUGAGGUUGCAAGAAAGUAUUUCAGUAACUUGGUGAAUGAAACGCGAGCUAUCCAAAGCACUGUUGAGGCCGUUGACCUCGAAGGUGUUACGCCUGGUGUGGUAGGUGGCUACAGCUCGUUAUCAUGA